CUUAUGGCCUUGGGUUAUUUAUUUCGUAGUGAUGCAUGGGACUAUGAAUUUGUGCAUUUGGGAUAUUUUCUGUACUGUCCGCCUGAAGAAUAGCGAGGAAAUAGGAAAUUAAUACGAAUGCCAAACCCAAGAAGAAAAAAAAUAACAAUGAAAGCCAAACAAGACCACAGAGAUUGAGGAAAUGAAUUCAAUGGGGAGAUUUAGUUGCCGGAUUCUGAUCGCCUUGGCGAUGACGACGGCGAUGAUGGGAUCAGGUGAAGCAAUGCGGUUCGAUCUGAAGUCCGGCGACUCCAAAUGCAUCGCCGACGACAUCAACCAGAACGCCAUGACCGUCGGCAAGUACUCCGUCAUCAACCCCCUCGACGGUUACCCCCUGCCGGAUUCCCAUAAGGCCACCGUCCGGGUGACGUCUCCAUAUGGGCACCACUACCACUAUGCAGAGCAUGUAGAGUCUGGUAAUUUUGCGUUUACUGCGGCGGAGACGGGCGACUAUAUGGUUUGUUUCUGGGCGCCUGAUCACAAGCCACCCUUCACGCUGUCCAUUGAGUUCGAUUGGAAGACCGGGUUUUCGUCCAAGGAUUGGUCCAAAGUUGCCAAGAAAGAUCAGAUUGAAGAGAUGGAGCUUGAGCUUAUGAAAUUGUUGGACGCAGUCUCAUCGAUUCACAACGAGAUGUUCUAUCUUCGCGAAAGGGAGGAAGAAAUGCAAGAACUGAACAUGGCAACUAAGGGCAAAAUGGCCACUUUCAGUUUUCUCUCAAUCUUUGUUUGCUUGUCUGUGGCUGCUCUGCAGCUUUGGCAUUUGAAGUCAUUCUUUGAGAGAAAGAAACUCAUCUAAUUCACUAAAAGAUGACAUCUUUUUUCUCCGUACUUUAUUAGGAGGGCAAGUAGAUGAACGUGUGUAACAAUUUAACAAUCUUUUUAUUUUCAAUUGUCGACUUCUUAAUUAGCUGAGGAUAUUUGACUAGUUCAAUU